CGGCGAGCAGCGAGCACUCAAACGAUAUCCAUGGCCCACUCACCUUUGCGUUGUUUCGAAGCUGACCACAACUUUGCCACAAGCUCUGCAACGUCUUUGCACUCGCCAGGGGAGGAGAGUUCACUCUGAUCGCAUGCUCAUGAUGCUGGGGCCUUCAUCACGCCCGUCGCUACCUACUUCCUCCUCUGAUUUCGCUCUACCGCCCUCUUCAUCGUCGUCCACCUCAUCUAGCAGUACAUAUCCUGCAGACGAUCUCAAUCCAUUCAUGCUACGCAUCCGGCGUCCUAGUCUUCUCGUCCCCCGCGAGCAGUCCUCCGACCAACCCCAUCGCAGCCCCCUCGCUACCUCCAUGAUCUCGCGGAGGUCCAGCACGACUGUCAGCAGCGAGGAGUCCGAAAGCGACCGGGACAAAAUGUGGACAGAUAGUCCGCCCUCAGGCGACUCGGGCAAUGUCACGCCCCUGCUUCCUGGUCCGGCGAUGUCAGGUGCUGAGCGCGACCAGGAUGCCACCAUGAAAUCCAGCAGCAGGCCGCGGAGCCCAUCCACGCCCCCAUCGCGGUCGGGUAGUAUGUCUGAUGCCUCCGUUCUCAUGCAAGCGGAGAGCAUCAGCGCAGCGUCCGUCCACCGGCGGCGGCUAUCGCACAGUCUCAAGAUGCCGCGCAUAUUGUCGCUGAUUUCCGAGUCGCACCCGGAGGAGAACGAAGUGCAGUCGGAGGCGCAGUUCCAGCGGCUCGUCGCGUCGUGCUCUGAGCUGCCGUUUCAACCACGCACUCCACGCGCUGCAUCAGAUCGUGGCCGAUAUCCUGAGGAGGCAGGCGAGGAAGAGCAACAUCGCGAAGAGACGCCAAGUGAUGAUGGCGAAUUCGAUGAGUUGCCCUACGCGUCCGUGGAACCUAUUAACAUUGUGAAGCCGUCCACUCCGGCUCAAAGCGUUAAUGGUGACGAUAUGGGCAUGUUGGACAGCCCCGGUGGUAUGGCUAUGGAUGUAGACGUUCCAAUGUCAAUCAGCGGGUCGCCACGCGUGUCCUCAUGGCGGUAUACUCCGCCACCAACAUCUUGUGCUGUUCGGCAUAACAAGCGGAAACUGGAAGAUCGCUACGACCCUUAUCCUACAGCUGCUAAACGGCGAGCAGUCUCGCCGUCUGUGUCGUUCUAUAGCGCACGGAACGGGCAUGGGAUGCCAAGGCUUACUAUGCCGUCUCCAGUUGCAGUACCAGCGGGAGGCCCGGGUUCAGCAAUGUCUUCUCCUAUUGUAUCCUCUGGGUCUUCCUAUUUCACCCGCUCAGCAAAUAACCUGUCGAGCCCGACCUUGCGUCCACAGGUAGGACUGGCCAGCCCCGUACUGAGACCAAUCCUGUCUCGUCCGCGGCGGCAAGCAGACAGCGAUCGAGAGGUGAACGGCGCAGGUGAGGCGGUCAAUGGGAUGAAGUUGGAGUAAUCUUGGCCAUCUGGCCUUACAAAUUUCAUUUGUCUUUUGUGGUCUCGUCGGAUCAUCUGUUCGUGCAUCAUUCUGAUCUUGAUCCUUCUGUUUAUUGCAUGUAUCGUUCGUGUCGCAUUCGCACUUCCGUACUAAAUUGCUUCAUUGUCAGUGUGCAUUUCGCAUUAUUGUCUGUUGCCUGAACUGUAUAUUACAUGUAUUUGUAGCGACGUAGUGGCC